CGUGGCUGUUCGCUAAACAAACUUUCACAACUGUUUUCACGUCGCUUUUAUUCACAGUUUAAGAAAGAACGUUCAGGGUGUGUUUUGGGUUGUUUUUAUAUUCUUAAUAAUACACAACUCUUUGUGUUUUGUGUUUGACCCGAUUCAUUUUCAAAGUCAUUUGUGUUCAUUCGCGGGAGCGCGCUAUUAUGGAGCUACGCUUUACGAUUGGUCAGCCAUGCACAUCUCAUGUCAAGUGGCGCCAGAUCUCGUGUUAUUGACAUUCGCCUCCCAGUUGUUGAACAGCAAAGCACCACACACGGAAAGUUUUGUUUCCUAACCUUAAACUUCCUUGUAAAGUCGUUCAUAACUGUGAACAAAAAUUCCCGACGCAUAAUGAUCUUAUUGAGAUGUUGGCGACGGAAUUUCAUACUGCUAAUCGUUGUCGUCUGCAAGUGUUGGGAUGGAGUUAUUGCUCGCCAAAAGGCGCGAGAACAUGGGCAGAACGAACCGUCCGCAAAAUCAAUUCCUCGUGUAGCAGCUACAAAUGAAACGAAUGCGGUUCAAAGUUCUGCUGAUGAAACAGGCUUGGAAUUAGAGAAGCCACAUCAAACAGCAGGUAAUUUAGCAGCAAAAUGAUUCAUCUUCUAACAAACUUUUACACUGUUUGAAUCCGUCGCUUGUGCGCUAUUUACCCAUUGAUCAGUACAGAAAAUUUUCAUUCACACUCGUCAGUGGCCGGACGCGUGUGUGGUGCCACGAGUCGACAGCGUGCAAAGGAAGUCUGUUAUUGACCAUAUGUGUAUUGUUUCUUAGGCAUUCUCAACCUUGGAUGUCAAGGAAUCCGGAUUCGUAGGUAUGUGUCGAAUGGCCGCUGCACGAGUAGAAGACCAUUCCGCGACCUAAUUUGCGAUGGACAGUGCAUGCCUAUGGAUGAGCUGCCCUGGUUUCCGGAAUAUUCCAAAGUCAUCAGUCGUCGUAAGAGAGAGUGGCGUUGUGUCCCGGACGAAGUUAAAACUAAGAAGGUGACUGUCGUGUGCAUAGACGGGAACAAGUUCAAGUAUCGGGUACGAGUUGUUCGCUCGUGCAAGUGUAAGAGAUACACACACAAACAGAACCAAACGAACCCUUGACGAGUUCUGUUCAAAACAAAACAAAAUCUACAAUGUGGAGCAACUGUCAAAAGACAUUCCCGCACAGACAUUCCUUCACUCUAUUGCUUCGUAAUGUAACAUACAGUUGUACAAAGUGUCCGUGAGUUGUAAAUUGAAUGAACUCUGGUACGUCAGCACGACAGCUAAGUGCAAUACUUUCCGUUGCACGCGUUUAUAUUUUGUAUAAAUUUCUUGCCUGUUGUGCACCUUGCGAUUUAUCUACAGCCGGUUACAUCACAAUUUGAUACAACAUUGCCGAGUGCUACAACAGUUUUUGACUGAUAAUUGUGUUAGAAGUGUUAACAGCGAACCACACGUGUCAACCGCAUGGCGAUUCGCAUCAAACCAUACCACACUGAAAACUUGUAACAUUAACCAACAACAUCGAGUUGCCCGAAGUCUCAUCAAAGAUAUUCGACCAGGGAAUUGCUCAUGUUAUGCAAGUCUACUGUUAGUCAUGUCUUCGCAAAAGGCGGUCCGUUAUUAUCAAACCGCUUGAUCGAAACUUUGUGUUGUGAGCAAUUGAGUCUCCAGAUGAUAAAAAGAAAAUUUAUAUAUUAUAUAUAACAGAAGUAAGAUAGAUUGUUAGCGUUUCGUUAGAAGCAUGGCUCUUGAAUACUAGAAAAUGUAAAUAAGCUAUGUGUUCUUGUAGAAUCUUAAGUAAUUAAACCAAGGAGAGCCAGUGGCGUGUUCACUUCUUAUGGUCAUACUUAGGUUGUUGAGGCGCAUAGACAAGACCAUGUUGUACAUUUGAUCCGAACAUUCUGUAAGACAGUUCCUAGAUCGCAAUAUAUAAAUAAAGUUUAUUAGAGAAU